AUGUCUCGGAAGCCAGCUCCGCUCUCUGCGAGGCCUGGCAAAGUGGUGUUUGUGGGAUUUGCAGAGUUUGACAUGGACGGAAGAGCAUUCACUGGUGGGGAGAUGGAUCGAAUGAUGAUGAUAUCAGCAUCUCAGAAAUAUCCGUGCUCCCGCCCUGCAACCUUCGAUGAAUAUGCAGAGCGCUGUAUCUUGGGCCUACCUGAGCGAAACACCUGCGGCCGAGACGUGGUUUUUGUGGGCCCGGGAGCCACAGGAUGUGAGCUUUUUCACACCAACACCCUAGGAAUUCAAAAAGCCGUGGUGUCGCCGCAUGACACGUUUGAUGGCACGUGGGGAAAUGCCUCCCUGUAUGGCCGCAAAUGCAUUUUGUGCGUCUAUCCUGUGCAGCGAUUGAAGAAGCAGCAAAGCCUAAUGCAGUUUGGUUUGGCCCGACGAACUGUUGGGAAGUCAGGGCGCCUGCGACGAGCAGGAAGCCUGGCGUCCCUGACGGACCAGACGCAGUGGACCACCAGCAACUUUGGGUCUUCCACCAAUCAGGUCAGGGUGCUGGUUGUGACUUUGCGCCAUUUUUGGUUCAAGGUUUAA